GAAUCGAGCUGAAAUGCUCGAGUAAUCAAUCUCGACUGAGGAAACGCAAAGAAUGAUGUUAGUUAAUAUUAUAAACAUGAACAGUCACAGACGAUGAAACGAGUGGACUUUGUGCGCGAAGAAAAUGAACGGAUUAAUCUAAUUCCUGAUUUGUGUUACUUUAAAGUUUAAAUCUCUCGGAUUUAUCACUUUAUCUCUUCGCUUCAUGUAAGUUAAACUGUUUCUUGAAUAAUGCAGUCGCAUUUUCCAGCUGUUGUAUGAGCCUGAACACAAGUUUGGACAGGUAACUUGCGCGCGCACACGCCCUUCUGCGCGCACAACAGGUAUCAGAACCAGGAAGCGCCUGUGCCGUCAGACAAACUCAAUCCACCAUGAACGAUCCAAGGAUUUAAAUCAAACGUUUUUAAAACACACUCACAAUAUAUAUUUUUGAAAAGUUUAGCAACCUCUGAAGGUGAAUGAUGGGCUCGUGUGUGGUUCCAGUGCUCAUUGGAUUGAUUUUACUGCAGUUUCACGAAAUCUCAGAAUGUCAUAAAUUUGAGGUGACCCCUGACUCUGGCACCGCGAUAUUCUUCAAUAAGAAGGCAGCUGGUCUGGACUGUAGUGUGUGUAAGGAUGAAGGUCCAUCUCAGUCCUGUAACUCUUACCUCGAACUCACUGAAGCUCUGCCCACCAUUGUGACUUUCAACUGCUCUCAGCCGGGCAACGUCUUUACGGUGGAGAUCAACCAAAAAAUCGAGUGCUCAACAUCAGCCUGCAGCAUCGUUGCAGUGCAUCCCGAUUCGACCCGAUUCCUGGAGUUCAACAGAACCUUCAACUGGGAUCUGAAGGUUCAAUCAGGCAAGAUGUUUCAACUGGACUUUCCAGCUCCAGGAAUGAAACAGAUCAAGCCUUCAGAAUCCUGUCCAGACAAACACACCUACACCAUCAUUACGUACCAGCGCAUGGGACCGAUCUCCGUCGGCAAGUUUUGUCGGAACGGCACCAUCAGUCGCAUCCAGGUCUUGUAUAGGGGACGCGUGUCUCUGGAGGUUCCCAAAGAUACAGAGCUGAACCCAUCUGACUUCAAAGUGUCCGUAGGAUCAGAUACAUCAGCACUGGUUGUGGUGGAUGUCAAGCUGCCCAGAGGACUGUCGUCUUUUGAUUUCUUCACACCAAACUAUGACACCGGCUUCUACGCUGAAGACAAAAUGAAAUGGAACUUUGCUGUUGAGCCAAUGCACAAUUUUACGGUUCUCUUUCAACAAUACACUCCACCAAAAUGCCAAAAGAAUAAGGUCUUGGUUGAUUAUACACUGGGGGACAAGACUUCAUUCACAAAGGCCCCAACGGAUAUUCAGCCGGCCAAUAAACAGGGAGAUUUCAGCCUGACUUUGACCAAUUGUGAUGCAAAAAGAGAGCAAAAUGUUCCUGGGCUUUCUUUGAAUGUCAACGUGGAGGUGAUCAGGGGUGGGACUCCAUAUCUUUGCACUGCGGAUCUCCGGAAAGAGGAGGGACUGAGCCUGCAAAUAGAAAAUAAAAACCCUGAGUCGUUCUGUGAAAUGAGCUUGAACUCUGUGGUGCAGGAGAAAAUAGUGGUUCCUGCGGGCACCAAAGCUGACCUGUCCUUCCUCGACUGUCCCGUGCAGGACCUGCAGCUGACGGCCACCAAAACCAUCGAUUGUCCGAGUGUAUCUUCUCGUGACGUCAGCGGGACUGUUCCCACGUCCCUCACUAUUCCGACUCUGGAUCCCAGUCUGCAUGUUCCCCUCCACCAGUUCACCUGGCUGCUCCGUGUGCUCGAUCAAGGCACCGUGGAUCUCACGUCCCCAGUCGGAAACCUGCACCAGUCUGUCCCAGUCAAGGAGUGUAACGAGAAGGUCUCUCUGCUGAUCUCUGAGACUGACGGCUCCAACAUCGGCCACUUCUGCUCUCUGGCUGAAGGCACAAUCCAGAAAAUCCAAAUCAAAGGGAACGUUUCUAUUACCAUAACUCCUAAAAUGAUAAAAGACCUGAGCCAGGAGAAAGGACCUUUCUUAACAGUCGCCAUGAGUCCAGAGAUCACCGAAAAUGUAAUCUACACCAUAUCUCCACUCCUUUUGGGAACCAUGAACCUUGCGACGCCCAACUGGCCUGAUGGCAUGAAUCCUUCCUCAUCCGUCACGUGGAUCGUCAACGUUCCCCGAGAGCACAAGGCCGAGCUGCAGUUCACCAACGUCAGCCAGCUCACCUGUGACACAGGCCACACAGAGGUCACGAUCGGACCGCUGGACUCAAAAGGCCAAACACAGUCCUGGAGAGAAGAUCAGAGUUUCGCCAACACCGUCAUCCAACAGCAGCAGAGCUUCUACCUGAACAUGUCCAACUGUGAGCCCAAGAGCGGACGCUUCGCUGUGCUCUCCAAGAUCACUCUGCAGAAGGAAACCAUGAAAUUCCUGGGCAUUAUCUUGGCUGUAGUCGGGGUCUUGCUUUUGCUGCUAAUUAUCGCACUUAUAGUUGUGUGCGUCAUUUGGAAAAGGAAAAACAAACCUACAGCCAACAGGUCCUCCAUCUAUCUGCCCAGAGGGAAAACUUUCCUUCCGGGUAACGCCACCUUCCCAAAAUCUAGAGCAGACAAUGAGUCCCACGUCUACGCCUCCAUUGAUGACCCCACGAUGUACGGACAUCUUCUGGACAAGAACCAACCUGCAGAGGUUGACAACGGAUCCUGGAGCAACGGACAUCAGGUAGACGCGUACCGUGCCUUUCACGGGACCCGCGGACUCCAUCCCAUCAGCUACGGAUUCGUCCGCUGAAUAUCCGCUAGACGGAAGAGGAGGAGAUAGAGAUGCCUUUCAGUCUUUCCUAAACCCGCCCAACACCUUUAAUCUUCAGAGGCCUCGUUCGCCACUGGUGUCGCAGGGAAGCAUAGGAUUCGAAGAUCGUAGGAUGGUGCAUAACGAGCUGCACAC